UCACCACCGGGAAUUCGCACACAAAAUGCAAAAGCACAUUUCGUGUGGAGUACAAUUUCAUGUUUUGUAUUUCUGCGAGUCCUUAUUAUUUGGCAGCCCCUUCGUCGUGAAAUUUCAGUUUCGUCCCCACCAUCAUGGAGGAUUAUCGUGAGCAAGUGAAGGAUAUCAUGGAGAAGAUUAUCUCCGAUAAUCCGCAGCUUAACAAGGGAAGCUUGGAAAAUUUUCGACAAGAGUUGCAGAACAAAAUGAUAGCACGUUUAAAUUGUCCGGAGUUUAUGAAAGUGGUGACUGAUAAGGUGGAGGCGAGGUUGGAACAGUGCGGCUGGUCGGACGAGAUUCGUAUGGAGUGCAACAGGCUUAUCAGACAACGCGGUAUCGAGAACAUUUCAGAUACCACCGAAUUGGUUCGGGAUUUAACACCGUUCGCGAGAUUUUCCCAGUGUAUGCAAAUUAGGGUCAGUGGAUCACAAAUCUUAUAAAAUGACAUUUGCAAACGACACUAUCUGCAAAUGCUCAGCGAAAGUGCCCACUGAGCUCAAAAAAGAAUUAGUCGCCAUGUUGAAGGACGCUUUGCAAAAGGAGUUGGAAGGGACUAAAUUAAACCCGAAAUGAACGCCAGAAUUUUUAUCACAUAUAUUUUUAAACUUUCUUCCCCAUUAUCUACACUGUUCUAAAAUUAAGUCGCGAUAAAGAUAAAUGUAUUGAAAUAGUUCAUAAAAGCAAAUAAUAAUUAUGUAAUGCCUCAAUUUUUAUACAUGUUAAUAAAAAAAUACUCGAAAAUAAA